CAAGUAUUGUUAUUCCAGCACCGCGAUGAGUGACUGACGUUUGGUGGUGUGCAGUGUUUGACAUACAGAGAGACUUUCCUACCACCUUCCUGGCUGCCCAGUACGUGUCAGCUAACCUGCUUAGUACAAAGUGGCCCACAGGUGUAGUGCAUAACUCUUGGGACAUUGUCAUGUGUGCCUUUCUGGGUCACUGGAGGAACGUGACGCUGCAGGAGUGAGUGAUGAGUGUCAGGGAGCCACUGUCCUGUGUAUUGUCAAAGUGAAUCAAGAGCCGAUGAAGGUCAAGCUGGCGAGGGUGCGUAGAACAGUGCUGCCUGCAUCUCCUGGCGGCAGAGAGGCAGUGCAGGACAGCAGGGAUGGCUGCAGAAGGUAGCACCAAGUUUUGGCUGAUCUGUGGUGGAUGCCUGUAGGGUGACCAGAGACCCACACCACCACUACCACCACCACCUCCAAGGGUAGCUAAUGGCCCUAGGGAGUGGUGGGCCUAGAUAAUGAGCUACCAUCUAUACCACCCACCUGGACAGAGACCCUUGAGACCCUUGCACUGUGCCUUGCUGUGGUGACCAAUAGUGAUGUGCUCCCGGCAAAGACGCUGCAUCGCUGGGAGUCUUGGGGCGACUCAGUAGUAUUUAGUGUUUCCAUACAACGCCACGCCGCACAACACAACCAUGGCGAGUGCAACCUCAGUGGUCAGCAUUGAGGGCAUGACGUGUCAGUCAUGUGUUAAGAACAUUGAGGGGGUGGUGGGUAGCCUUCCUGGUGUUCACUCCAUCAAGGUGGACCUGGAGGGGAAGUGCGGAACAGUGAUCCAUGACCCGAAGGUGGUUCUUGGUGCACAGAUAGCAGAUAGAAUCGAUGACAUGGGAUUUGAAGCAAAGUUGGAGAAAAGUGAGACUCAGGUGAACAUGGAGGGGCAGGCCAGGCUUCCCAAUGGUGACGUGAAGGUGGAGAACUUGCUGGGAGAGGCUGUCAACUGUGCCUGUGGAGACCAGCUGGUGCAGAUCUCAGUUAAAGGCAUGACUUGUAACUCCUGUGUGAAGAAUAUUGAGGGCAACAUUGGGCAGAAGACUGGCGUGCGUUCCAUCAGAGUGUCUUUAGAGAAUGAGGUAGCCACUCUUAUCAUUUCCCCCACGGAUGUCACUGCAGAAGCCAUCAGGACCAUGAUAGACGACAUGGGAUUUGAAGCCACCCUGCUCCAACAGGAAUCCACAACUGUGAUCAUUGGCAUUGAGGGCAUGACCUGCAUGUCCUGCGUCAAAAACAUUGAGUCCACUGUUGGAGAGAAGCCUGGUGUUAUCAUGAUUAAGGUGAAUUUGGAGGAGAAAAAGGGAGUGGUAUCCAUAGACCCCCAAAAGACAACCCCAGAGAAAGUUCGGGACUACAUAGAUGACAUGGGGUUUGAGGCAACACUGGUGCUGCCUGACUCAGCCCAGGGUGAGGAGACCUGUGUGGUGUCCAUCAAAGGAAUGACCUGCAACUCCUGUGUCAAGAACAUUGAGGGCACCAUAGGGCAGAAGCCAGGUGUUGUUGCCAUUAAGGUCAGUUUGGAGAACGAAGAAGGCACAGUGAAAUACAACCCAUCAGUGGUGAGUGCUGAGGCUGUGGCAGAAAUGAUAGAUGACAUGGGCUUUGAGGCAGCUCUCCAGACCUCAUCAACCACCACCACCAGCAAAAAGAAGGAAAAAUCAUCCCAUGAAGGAAGCGUCAGCAGCUCAUGGCAGGAGAACGCAGCCUUUGAGGGUGAUGAAGCAGACCUUGAGAAGUGCUUCCUGCGCAUCACCGGCAUGACGUGUGCCUCCUGUGUGGCAGCCAUUGAGAAGCAUGCCAGGAGAAUACAAGGUGUCCACAGCAUCCUGGUGGCCCUGAUGGCAGCCAAGGCAGAGGUGCGGUACGACCCGUCUGUGGUGUUGCCAGAGCAGGUAGCCAACAGCAUCUCAGACCUCGGCUUUCCCUCUUCAGUGAUGGAGGAGUCAGGGGCAGGUCAGGGGGAGGUGGAUCUCAAUAUAGGUGGCAUGACCUGCUCCUCGUGUGUGUUUGCCAUCGAGUCCAACGUGAUGAAGUUGAGAGGGAUUAAGUCAGCCGUCGUGGCGCUGGCAACUGAGCGGGGAAAGUUCCGCUUUGACCCGGCUGUCACUGGACCAAGAGACAUCAUAGAGUGCAUCAAUGGCCUCGGCUUCAGUGCCUCACUCUUCACCCACGACAGCUCCAAGGCAAACUAUCUUGACCACAAGAAGGAGAUCAUUAAGUGGAGAAAUUCCUUCAUAGUUUCUCUUAUCUUUGGUGUUCCGGCCAUGCUGGUGAUGGUGUACUUCAUGGCCAUGAUGGAGCACAUGACCCACGAGGAGAUGUGCUGUGUGCUGCCCGGCCUCUCCCUGGAAAACCUGUUGCUCUUUUUGCUGGCCACUCCUGUCCAGUUUGUUGGUGGUCGUCACUUUUAUAUUCAAGCAUUCAAGGCAUUACGGCACAAGACAGCCAACAUGGACGUGUUGAUCAUGCUGGCUACCACCAUCUCUUACGUGUACUCCCUGGGUGUGGUGGUGGCUGCCAUGGUGCUACAGCAGACCGCCAGCCCCAUGACUUUCUUCGACACUCCCCCUAUGCUUUUAGUGUUUGUCUCCCUCGGCCGCUGGCUGGAACACAUUGCUAAGGGGAAGACCUCUGAGGCCCUGGCCAAGCUGAUGUCCCUGCAGGCAACAGAAGCUAUUCUGGUCACACUGGAUGAGAACAGUGAAGCAAUUUCAGAAAAGACAAUUGAUGUUCAGCUGAUCCAAAGAGGAGACAUCCUCAAGGUGAAGCCAGGAGAAAAGAUCCCAGUGGACGGCCGUGUUGUCUCAGGGGAGAGCCUGGCAGACGAGUCCCUCAUCACCGGGGAGUCAAUGCCAGUGACCAAAAAGCCCGGCUCUCAAGUCAUCGGUGGUGCCAUUAACCAAAAUGGCCUGCUCAUGAUAAGAGCCACACACAUUGGCAGCGACACAACGCUGGCACAGAUAGUAAAGCUGGUGGAGGAAGCCCAGACCUCCAAAGCUCCCAUCCAGCAGCUGGCUGACAAGAUUGCCGGCUACUUUGUGCCCAUGGUGGUCACUGUAUCCUCUCUCACUCUCUUCUCCUGGGUCGUGGUGGGCUACGUCAACAUUGAGUUGGUGGACGCUGACUAUGUUACAAAGGAGAAGGAAGGGUUCACAAGGAUUGAGAUCAUCUUAGAGUUUGCCUUCCGGUGUGCCAUCACAGUGCUUGCCAUUGCUUGCCCCUGUGCCCUGGGUCUGGCCACUCCCACAGCAGUCAUGGUGGGCACUGGGGUGGGAGCAACUAAUGGCAUCCUCAUCAAGGGUGCUGAGCCUCUGGAAAACUCACAUAAGGUGAAAAGCAUCGUAUUUGACAAGACUGGGACCAUAACCCGGGGCACACCAACCCUCACUAUGAUCUCCCUCUAUGUGGAUGAGUCCAUCUGCUCUCUGGCACAGUUCCUUGUGGUUGUUGGGGUAGCAGAGAAUAACAGUGAGCACCCUAUUGCCACAGCCAUCGCCAAGUUCUGCAAGCAAGCCUUAGGUAACCUGAAUGCCAAGUGUGACGGCUUCAAGGCUGUGUCGGGCUUUGGUCUGCAGUGUGUGGUGUCAGGGACAAACCACCUCAUGCAGGCAGCGAGUAAUUCUGAGAUGCUACUCAAUGUUAAGAACCUCACCAUUACAUACAUCAAUGAGUAUGGCUUGAGCGAUGUGUUGGAUCAUUCACCCCGGCAGCGGGAAGACAUGUUCCUGAUUGGUGAAGUGUUGAUAGACUACUCCCAUCAGCCAGGCAAGUCUGUGGAUAACUCAAGCCACUCCAUUAUCUCAGACAACACUCAGGUCACUGAACCCUACAAGGUGUUCAUUGGUAACCGAGAAUGGAUGAAGCAGAACUCAGUGGUGGUGCCCAAGAAUGUGAAUGAUCAAAUGGUGGAACAAGAAAACCUGGGUCGUACUGCUGUCCUUGCUGCUAUCAAUGGACAACUGAUAGGCAUGAUGGCUGUUGCUGACGCCAUAAAACCUGAGGCAGCCCUGACAGUCUAUUCCCUCAAAAAGCGUGGCCUCAAUGUCAUCCUGCUCACCGGUGACAACCAGAAGACUGCCACAGCCAUCGCCAAGCAAGUGGGCAUCACCAAGGUGUUUGCUGAGGUCCUUCCUUCUCACAAGGUGAAGAAAGUGAAGCAGCUCCAGGAGUCAGGACACAAGGUGGCAAUGGUUGGAGAUGGUGUCAAUGAUUCCCCAGCGCUGGCCCAGGCUGAUGUGGGCAUUGCCAUCUCCUCGGGGACGGACGUGGCAGUAGAGGCAGCAGAUGUAGUGCUCAUAAGAGAUGACUUGAUAGAUGUGGUGGGUUGCCUGGACCUCUCCAAGAAAACUGUGCGAAGAAUUCAUCUUAACUUCAUCUUUGCCUCCAUCUACAAUCUUGUGGGCAUUCCUGUGGCUGCUGGAGUCUUCAGGCCUCUUGGCUUUGUGCUGCAGCCAUGGAUGGGAUCAGCAGCCAUGGCCAUGAGCUCUGUUUCUGUGGUGGUGUCUUCACUCAUGCUCAAGAUGUACCGUAAGCCAACUCGGAAGACUUUAUCCACAUUGGAGUACCACAAGGAACAGGAGAAACGCUUUGGUGGCCAGUUUGACGACGAUAUCUCGGUGCACCGUGGCUUUGAUGACAUUCCUCGCCCUCCUUCACCCUCCUCUGCCCUCUCCAGAGUGAGAAAGAACCUUCAAGGCUUAUACAGGUCGACCAAACCAGAUUGUGAGUGCGCAGGCAUGAGGUAUGGGGGGAAGUGUAGCUGCACCUAUACCCAGAACCUCAAAGCAAGAAUCUUUGGUACACUGCGUGGGUCCCGCCAAGGACACUUUCCUGUUCCCAUGGAUGAUGAGGAUGGUGAAGUGGAGCUCAAGUUUCUUCCUUCUUAAUUGUCAUCUUGCAAGACUGAAUGUAUUAAGCUUUAAGUCAUAAGUCUUCAAAAUUUUUUUCACCUCACUUGUGUUGUGUGGCAUAACUAGGCAAAUUACUUCUCAGUGGCAGACAUGUCUCAAGACAUAUCAUCACCCCAGCUGAAAUGCUUUAUAUGAUACAGACAUUAUAAAGCACUGGAGAAUUUUCUUUGGUGGUAGAUACCCAAAGCAAGAUUCUAGUAGUAUAUACUUAAUGUGUGAAGAUUUCUCCCCCAGUGUGUCUUGUAGCAAGGCUGCAAGAGUGGGCAUUGGGGCAGGACUCAAAUGCACUGAGGAUUUACCUAUACAGGGAACACGAUGCUGCUGACACAAUGUGGCUCCUUGAAAACAUUCCAUGGCAAGCAGGGAGGUUAACUUAGGGAAAGAAGGAAGUCACUUAUGAUAACUUCGUCAGCAGUUGUUUUAUGUCUUUGUGGUAUCAUAAAAACUGUUAUUCAUAAUUUUUUUCAUUAUAGGUUAUACAUGAAUAAUUGUAGGUCUUGUUAUCCAUUAGAAGAAUUUGGUGCUAGGGCUCUACCUGAGUUAGUACCAGUACCUACAGUGUCUUAAUUCUGCUGCACUCAGGAGAGCCAAGAAGCAAGGCUCUCCUCCCCUUGGGUGUUGUUGCAUACUGCCGAGUGCACGUGUGAUAUUGUACUUAAGGAAUCUAUCAAGCUGGAGUGGUGGAGAGUUAGAUAAGAAAGCAUUAUACUUAUAGUGUGUAUGUCAGGGGACAUUAUUUUUGUACCACAUGAGUACUUUGUAAGACACAUUUCCUUUAGUUCAGAUGAUGUAGUAUGUACAGCUGUAAUGUGAACACAUAAUUUAUUGUUCUGUUUAAUUUGUGGAUUAAGUUAACACAUCCACAUUUGUAACAAGUGUUGUGCACUAUAAUACAGACUUACAGAAAAU